ACUCCUCAUCAUCCUUUCCUGUAUCUCCAUCGAUUAAACGCAAAUCCUGUUCUCCCGAUUUCGAGCUAUCGUACCUAUACUCUCGUCUGGAAAAAAAAAGCCCAACAAAAAUGGGGAACUUACUGUUCUCCCUAUGCGUAGUCUCUCUUCUGCUCUCCCAAUCAACCUCCACACCUCCACAGGACCCGAUCCAGUGCACCUCACCCCACAACACCAACUGCACCGUCACCAACUCCUACGGUAUAUUCCCCGACCGGUCCACGUGUCGCGCAUCCAGCGCCGCAUUCCCCGCCACCGAGGACGAACUCAUCGCCGUCGUGGCCAACGCCACGAGGGCCCAACGGAAGAUGAAGGUGGCCACGCAGUCGUCCCACAGCAUCGCCAAGCUGGUCUGCCCCGACGGCGGCGACGGCCUGCUGAUCAGCACGAAGCUGCUCGACCGCGUCCUCGCCGUCGAUAAGGCCGCCAUGACGGCGACGGUGGAGAGCGGGGUGACGCUGCGGGAGCUGAUCGAGGCGGCGGCGGGGGCCGGGCUGGCGCUGCCGUACGCGCCGUACUGGUGGGGGCUGACGGUGGGCGGGAUGCUGGGGACCGGGGCCCACGGGAGUAGUUUGUGGGGGGAAGGGAGCGCCGUACAUGAUUACGUGGCGGAGAUGACGGUGGUUAGCCCCGGUGCGGCGGAGGAAGGGUAUGUGAAGGUUAGGACGCUGAAGGAAGGUGAUGGCGAGCUGAAUGCUGCCAAGGUCUCGCUUGGAGUCCUCGGGGUUAUUUACAAGGUGACUUUAAAACUUCAGCCGAUGUUCAAGCGAUCCGUAACUUACGUCGUUAGAAACGACACCAAAUUUGGAGAUGAAACGACAACGUUUGGGCUCCAGCACGAGUUCGCUGACUUUACAUGGUACCCUAGUCAACGCCAAGUCAUCUACAGAAUCGAUGACCGCGUUCCUUCCAAUACUUCCGGCAACGGCCUCUACGAUUACUUCCCUUUCCGCUCCACACCUUCCCUCCUCCUGGCCGGAGUCCGAAUCGCAGAGGAAGCUCAGGAAUACCUAAAGCACGCCGAUGGAAAAUGCGCCGGGGGCAAGCUCACCACGGCCACCCUCCGCGCCACCUCCUUCGGCCUAACCAACAACGACUACAUCUUCACCGGAUAUCCGGUCGUCGGCUACCACAACCGCCUCCAGUCGUCGGGAACCUGCCUCGACAGCCCCAACGACGGCCUCAUCACGGCCUGCCCUUGGGACUCGAGAAUUCGAGGCGAGUUCUUCCACCAGACCACCUUUAGUCUGGACCUCUCGGUCACAAAAGACUUCGUGCGCGACGUACAGACCCUCGUCGCCCUAGACCCCGAGUCCCUCUGCGUGCUCGACCUCUACAACGGCAUCCUCAUGCGCUACGUCACCGGUUCGAGCGCGUACCUUGGGAAGCAAGGCGACGCGCUCGACUUCGACAUCACGUACUAUCGAAGCGAGGACCCUAAGGCGCCGCGGAUGUUCGAGGACGUCUUGGAGGAGAUCGAGCAGAUGGCGGUGUUUAAGUACGGAGCUUUGCCUCAUUGGGGAAAGAAUAGGAACGUGGCUUUCGCUGGAGCGAUUGCGAGGUAUGAGAAUGGAGCGGAGUUUUUGAAGGUGAAGGAGGAGUAUGAUCCGUUGGGGUUGUUUUCGAGCGAGUGGACGGAUCAGAUUCUAGGGUUGAGAGAUGGGUUGACGAUUUUGGGGGAGGGUUGUGCUUUGGAAGGGUUGUGUGUUUGUUCGGAGGAUAGUCAUUGUGCUCCUGAGGAAGGGUAUUUCUGUAGGUCGGGGAAGGUGUAUAAGGAAGCUAGGGUUUGUAGGUAUGAGGAGGUUUCCGGGGUUUAGGGAUUGUGUGGUGAGGUGUUGAUUGAAGGAAAUGUUGAUGUGUAUCAUAUGAUGUUUGGUUUGUUUAGUUUUGUAUCAUUGGUAGAAGGUAAAAUAAUGGGAACGGUGAUUAUGAGAAUUGUAGAUGUUUGGUUUGUUUACCCAUAUUUGUAUUAAUUGUAAUGAAGCUUACAUUUAUUAAUAAAACGAUAUGAUAAUUGAUAACUACAUAUGACAGUUCUUCGAAUUUUGUCUAUUGUUGUUGAAGUACAGAUUGUUGAAACAUAUACUCUCUUUGGCAACAAGGGGGUGCAAAUUCAAGGAGGGUACAAAUUGAGGGGUAAAUGAUAGGGGGGAGUGAGUUUAAGGGGGUGCAAAUUGGAGUGCAAAUUGUUGUUUGGAUAAAAAAGUAGGAGGGUGCAAAUUUAAAUAUAAAAUAUAAAUUUAAUAGAAUAAU